CGCGGGAUUUGGAGCGUCCUCUCGCGGUCACGUGAUCGUUGAGUUGCGUCAUGGCGGAGCGCAGGAGGCAAAAGAAGCGAAUCCAGGAGGUCAGCGAACCUACCAAGGAGGAGAAGGCGGUGGCCAAGUACCUUCGGUUCAACUGCCCCACAAAGUCCACCAACAUGAUGGGUCAUAGAGUUGAUUACUUUGUGGCCUCCAAAGCUGUGGACUGUCUUCUAGACUCAAAGUGGGCCAAAUCGAAGAAGGUCGAAGAAGCUUUGUUCACCACCAGAGAAUCGGUUGUGGAUUACUGCAACAGACUUCUGAAGAAGCAGUUCUUCCACCGAGCUCUGAAAGUGAUGAAGAAGAAGCCGGAGAAGGACCUAAAGAAGGAGAAGGAAAAAGAAAAGGAGAAGGAAAAAGGAAAAAGUGACAGUGGCAAAGAGGAGGAGAAAAAGGGCAAGAAAGAGAAGGAAAAAAAGAAGGAUUCUGAGGCCACCGACACCAAGAAGGAAAAGAAUGAUGACAGCCCUGGGUCACCAAAGAAGAAGAAAGAAGUUAAGAAAAAAUUUAAACUGGAGCCUCAUGAGGACCAGCUGUUUUUGGAUGGAAACGAGGUGUACGUUUGGAUUUAUGACCCAGUGCAUUUCAAAACUUUUGCCAUGGGACUCAUACUGGUGAUUGCAGUGAUUGCUGCGACGCUCUUCCCCCUGUGGCCGGCAGAGAUGAGGGUGGGCGUGUAUUACCUGAGCGUUGCGGCAGGCUGUUUUGUCGCCAGCAUUCUGCUUCUUGCUGUUGCUCGCUGCAUCCUGUUUCUAAUUAUCUGGCUUGUGACUGGUGGGCGUCAUCACUUCUGGUUCCUGCCAAACCUGACAGCUGAUGUGGGCUUUAUCGACUCCUUCCGGCCACUCUACACACACGAGUACAAGGGUCCUCGCGCCAGCAGCAAGAAGAGCAGUGGAGACAAGGCUGACAGUAAAGCUUCAGAUAGCAGCAAAGCACAGAAGUCUGACAGCGAAGAUAAAUCAGAUAGUGAGAAAAAAGAGGGUGAGGAAGAAGAAGAUGACGACGAGGACACAAAAGAAGUUGAUGGAGACCGGCGAAACUCUGACACUGAGGACAGUGAGCGACGGGAGGACGAUGGAUCACAGCACAGCAACGGAAACGACUUUGAGAUGAUCACCCGUGAAGAGCUGGAACAGCACACGCAGGACGAGGAUGAGGAGGGCGCAGAGACGAAGCCCUUGACUGCAGAGACGUAAAGCGUCUCCACGUGGACUCGGGUUCAGGUCAGGUUACAGGAGAGAGGCUCCCAUCACUUUCGCGUUUCAGACUGCGAUCUUCCACUACAAGAUGUACAAACAGGGUCAACGGUUAAAAACGAGAAAGUAGAAACAUGCCUUCGGUGACGAUGCAAAUAUUUCAGUGGCUUUUUUUUUUUUUGGGUCUCUCCCCCCCCCCCUCGUCUAUUUUAUUUUUAACCCCCCGUUUGAAAAGAUGCUUUGAUUGUUUCGGUCUUUCUGGGUUUCAUGUAGCGUACAGUAUCAUGUUGUCUUUAACUUUAUUUGUAACGUUGUUUUGUUUUUUCUGAGGGAGGUUUUGGAUCGGUUUUGAAGCCUCGCCCUGAGUGUACACACGUCCUUAUUGAGAAUAACUUGCCAUGUCCAAAUGUUAUCUGCUGAAACAUAACCCAGUAUGAUCGUCUUAGGCUGUUGCCAUUAAGUUGGUGCUAGUAUCUACUCAAGUUGGACCAGCGUUUCUUAUCCUACCCUCCUGAUGAGAGAUCAGUACCAGUCAGUUCUGGGAAUAUGUGUGUGUGUGUGUGUGUGUGCGGUACUGUGUGGGGCUGAUGGGUGAACUGGUGGGGCAAAUGGAGUGAGCAGGUGUUCUAUGAACAUUUGGUAUAUGUUAGCAGUCUCACACGUUUCUGGUUGGCGAAAUAUGAUAAAGAUUUAGUAUUCAACAAUAGACAGUUCUGAGCUCAUUUUACAGUCAUUAAGGCAUUUUUUUUUUUUUGGGAACUUGACAGUAGCUGUGAAAUGAUAAUGGUUGACUGGAUUAUAAAAGAGGAUUUCUUCAUUAGUGCCAAACUCCAUCACAGUACACAGUGAGGCUACAGUUCUGUUUAAUCAUUGUUUAUUUUGUGAAUGGUUUGUUGAAAGACUGCUCUGUCUUGCAGUACCUGUCUCUUCAAAUUUUCUGAGAUGUUUACAGACUGAAUUUCUCGGUUUUCCCACUGAAAGCUUUUAAUAAUGCUGUUUACUGGAUGUAAAGGUGUAAGAGGCGCUCUCUUUUAGCUCUGUCCUGCAGGGGAGGAGAGCCUGCAGCACACAGCUUUAAAAUAAAACCUCAUUCGUAUUUUAGUUCUUCUGAUAGUGACUAAGGGACAGCUUGGGGUCAUUUAGUACUAAUAUGUAGUAUCUUCUGCAGCGCUGUGCAUCUUUCCGUUCAUAUUUCUACAGUUGUGUAGCCUAAUUCUGACCUGGAGUUUUUGAAACAUUUUCUGGAAACUAAAUUAGCUUUUUUUUAAUUGAAGAACGUUUAGUCAGAUUUGUGCACAGUGUAGUUAUGUGGAUCACCCUCUUGCUCCCAAUAUGCUUUACUGAGGGCAGCGUUCUUAAAGCCACACAACGUUUACCUACAAGCGUUUAGGACCACAGACUUGAACCUGCAUUAACAUUUACAUUCAUAAAAGCUUAGUUCAAAUCUAAAAGUGUUGAGGGUUGUGGGGAAAGAGCUUUUAUAGAAGUUUUGUACAGGUUUCUGUCAGCUUACAAGACUUUAUGACCGUCCUCUUCAGUAAAGCAUUACUGAAAUUAUUCCACAAAUUAUAGCUCCUUUGGGUUUGUGGCCCACUGCUAUCAUGGGCAUAGGUCCAAUAAUAGUAAUCCCCUUAGGUAGAGCUUAAUUCUGUUGCGUAGUGUUUUAUGUUAGAUGUUCUUUUACUCAUACUGAGACUGAUAUUUAAAGAGAAAAGUCAUUUAUGUACCAUUUAUAUGUGUAUAUAUACAUCUAUAUAUAUAUGGAUUAUAUAAAUAUAUCAAUCAAGCUGGCAGUAAUGAGCUGCUCCCUUUUUGUUUCGUUUUUUUUUUUCAUUUGUCUUUGGGUGUAUUUUUACUAGAUCAUUGUUAGACCACAGCUAAUACAAAGAAGUCAAAGAUUGCACAAGUUGAGGGACGGUAGGAUACUGCACACGUUUGAGAUGUUAAAUCUUAUCAAACUAAAUCAUCUUAAAUGUAGUCUUUGUAAUUUUUAUAAGAUUUUCUUUAUUAUUUGACAUGUUUAAAGGCAUUUCACUGGUUUUAUGUAAUUUAAUCCAGUUAAAUUGUCUAGGGAUUUUUGGUCCAAAACAAUUCUCAAAAACAUCUUUAAAGAGGGUCCCACCGAUUAAGAGCCUUUAUUUGUAGAAAGGCAAAUUUGUGAUACUACAAGACUGAUAAUGAGAAAUGACACUUAGACUAGAGUUGAGAUGCCAAGCUAAGGAUUUCUAUUGCAGUGAAAUUUUAUUUCUUUGCAAAAUCUUUGUUUAAUUUUGAGAAUAAAAAACACUGCUUGUGAGAGUGGAGAGUUUUGUCUUGCUGCCGGUCAUCAGGAUAUUAUGAAUGUAAAUUGACUCUUAACUGGAUGCUCUCGUGAGUCAGGUCGAGGCUGUAGUGUUCUCCUCAUUCAUUCUGUGACUGAGUGUUUCAGCCUUUCUGUUUCUGUUCAGAGCCGGGGGGUGGUAGUGGUGUUGCGGUGUGUAAAAAAAAAAAAAAAUUGCAUAUUGAGUAGCAGUUCUUUUUGCCCCUUUUUUCUGUUGAGCUGCGUUUAUUAAUGUCCGUUUUCUAUUCCUAGUUACUUAUCGUCCCUGAGGGCAAUGCCGACGUGGCAGUAGGUGUUUUUGUUUCUAAAUUCUUGAUAUUGGGAGAUCGUUGUUAAAAUCUCAAAAUGAGUGUUUGUCAGCCUGUUGUGUAAAAAUGUAUUAAUACAUGUGGCGUUGCCUCAUUUCUUAACGUGAGUAAAAGAAGAAAAAAAACACCACCUCUGUUAGUUUUUAUCCACUCAACUUGUCUCCGGCUAAUUAAUUGUGUGUAUUUGGAUCAGUGUUGUCCAGAUAUCACUAUAAACUGUCCUUUGCAAUAUUUGGAGUAUAAUUUAAGUAACUGUCAAAGUAUCCCUGUAUCCUUUCAUUGCAAUAAAACAUAGAAUGCUAAUUUA